AUGAAACCGCAGCUUUGUGACCCGGAAAGUUGGGGAAUUCACGCGAGGGGUUAUGACAGCCGGGUUUCUUCCGGCGCCGAAGCAUGGAGCAAUAGAGAGUCAGAAACGACGACGACGACGUCGUCGUCGUCGUGGGGCCUGUCGGUGUCGGAGGACCAGAACAGGGGCAAACCGAAUUGGGAGCAUUUGCAGGACGAUUUGCAUGUUUUGCUGACGGCAGAGGACACUGAGGAUCGUGCCAAACUGAAAUUGCAGAGAGCAGUUGACGAAAUAAAGCGACUACUUGUGCCAUCGUCAUUCAUUCACUUAUUCAAUUCGUCACCGUCUUGUAUACGUCUCCUUAUUCGUGUGGUCGUCGUCUUCGUCGUCGUCUUCGUCUUCUUCUCGACGACCUUGUUUGUUAUUAUUAUUAUUAUUUGUAACGCGUUUCGCAAAUGCCCGUCUUUUCCUUCCUGGUCGUCUUCGUCACUCGGCACGUUCGUGUUGAACGCGACGGGGAUUCCGUUGCGAUUGGAUUUCCGUCGUCGAGUGUCGCGUAACUCAUUCAUUCACUUAUUCAAUUCGUCACCGUCUUGUAUACGUCUCCUUAUUCGUGUGGUCGUCGUCUUCGUCGUCUUCUUCUCGACGACCUUGUUUGUUAUUAUUAUUAUUAUUUGUAACGCGUUUCGCAAAUGCCCGUCUUUUCCUUCCUGGUCGUCUUCGUCACUCGGCACGUUCGUGUUGAACGCGACGGGGAUUCCGUUGCGAUUGGAUUUCCGUCGUCGAGUGUCGCAAUUAUCGAACGAACGAAAAAAAAAAGGACUCUCGACGCGGAAAUCAGUAACGUUGAACUCGGGGCCGGAAGGAAGUGGCUCAAUGGAUCAACGGGUCACUUCCGAAAAGAAAGACGUUAGCGUGGAUUUGUGGAGUAAUAAGAUGGUGAAUUCGUGUUACCCCCAUCCAAGCGUCCCUAAAUCAAACGUGGGCCACCAACUGAGCCAGCAGCAGACUGACCAACCCCCGCAAGAAAAUAAAUCUCGAUCUCUUCUCCAUCUGGCCCAAAGAUGGACUUGGUUCGUUACCACGGAGAACCUCGCUGAUGGAGAGGACGAGCUGAAAAAGCGACAGCUGAUGGAACUGGCCAUCAUCAACGGCACUUACCGAGACUCGAGCAUGAAGAACUCGGCUGGUGAGUUGUGGUGUAAUCACAUCGCUGCCUCGUUGCAAGCCUCGCUUAAAAAUUGCCACCAGGAUGACAUCUACGGUGGGUUCUUUGCUGGCGACCUCCCGCGGCUCAUGGGCCCGCUGGCCGCCGCCGGACUCACGUCUGCAGUCGCCGCCGCCUCACAGCUCCGCCAACAGGCGACCCCUCUCGGCGCCCCGCUCAUCCUGUCCCCCCGUCUUCCGCCAGGCGUGCAGCCGCACACGGGCCUGUUGAACGGGUCGGCGGGCGGGAACCCGCUGCUGCAGGGCGGCCCCGGCGCCCACGACACCGCCUCGCUCAUGUUUGCGCCCUACUCGGACGCCUACGCCUACACUGCGUUGGCGCAGCCGCUGUUUGCCGAGUACAACGCAGCCGCCGCUGCCGCCGCCGCCGCCACUGCCGACCACACUGGUGGGUUGUUCGCACGAUGAUUUCGCCUGGGGGAGAUCAUUCGAUCGCUUGCUUAUAAAAAAAAAAAAUCAAGACCCUGUUUUUUUGUAUAAAAGAAAAAGAUGCGGGGAAAGAACAGGCAGAAAAUGAAAAUCAGCGGGAAAAUAUGUGUUGUCAAGGCGGCGAAAACUUUCGUGGAGAUUUCCCUCGGAACCCGACAUUCAAACCCCUCCCCCAAUAAAAAAAGUUUUAUCAAGAGAAUAUUCGAUAAAAAAUAAAAAAAUAAAUUUCUAAAAGAUCUUGAGACGAACGAAGAAUUUGCCUGUGGAGGCAGAAAAUCUGGGUAAAAUAAGUAGCAGAAGCAGGCUGAAAUAAUUUUCAUUUUUCCGUAUAGUUUUUCGAGUUUUGUUGAAAUACAGUAUCUCUCAAAAUUGUGGCAGGUGGAGAAAACUGAAGAAUACCACCAAGUUUGUACCAAUAAUUUUCAGAGUUUUCUGACGUUGAAAUAGGAUAAAAUAACUCCCACUUUUCCAUAUGCUUUUUUGAGUUUUGAUGAAAUACUUCUCAAAUUUUUGGCGAAAGGGGAAAACGGAAGCAUGCAACACAUUUUUUACCAGUAUCUUUUUUUUUUGGAGUUUUCUGUAUAAUGUAAUGGAAAAUGAUCCAUCUACCCACUGCAGUAAAAGGAAUAGCAGCAACUUCAAACUUUCUUGAAAGUCUUGUCGGAUUCGUUUGAAAUCUCCACAGAGUAUUCUUUCGUCCGAAGUCUCCGGUUUUUUUGCUCUCGUCCUAAAGAGAAAGUUUUCCUUUGGUUGUUUUUAUUUUGUACGCGGUAUCAAACGGAAAAGUUUUUGGGUGAUUUCGAUUCAGAAAUAGAAAAGAAAACCCGAAAGCAGCUACAAUAUUACAUGGAACAGCUUCCUUGAUAUAUUUCAAUUUAUUCCUGCGCCAUUGCAUUCAAAGGAAUGAUCAUGUUGCUUUUUAAAUUCGAGUUGACGCAUAUGAUUUCCUGGGCCUUCUUUUUUUAUCGUUUCCAAAUGAUGGGAUACAUGAAAGGAAGAGUGUCGUGUUGCUUUUUUUGUUGUUGUAAAUUUAAGCAUUUUCUUGUGAAGUUCAGCAGCCUUUUUUUGAAAGCGAUUUGGAGUUGAGCGAAUUUUUUAGCUUUCGUGGUGGUUACUUCUUCGUGCGUGAGGAAAAAUCGCAUUUCUUGCCCGGAAUCCGUGUUCAAAGAGAAAGAAAUGAAGAGUUGUUCGAUGCCAUAACAAGAGCGAUAAUUCUCAGAAGAAAACAAGAAAGAAAUAUGAAUUUCUUCCUUUGCCAGUCGAAUUCCUGCUUGAAAAGAAAAAGAAGUUUUUACCGCGAUCAUUGGUGCUACGGAAAUCGAAUAGUCGAAUUUUUUUGAGAGAGAGUGAGAGAGAGAUAUAUACAAUGCAUUUGCCGGAAUUCAGAGGCAGCUUACGAGAAAAAUCCAGAAAGAGGAAGGAAGAAAUUUAAAAAAAGUACAGGGUUAAAAAACGUGAGGCAAAAAUUUCGGUUUUUUUCCCCUCGUCUUUGCGACGGUGUGACUACUGCUAUUCGUAGCUGCAUUUUUAUUCUCCGUGAUGAGUUGUUGCUUUUUUUUUGUUUUUGAGGAAAAAGACAAAAAGAAAUCGAGCCAGAGAAGCUCGCGUGAGGAGAGAAAUUUUCUAUGGCAAAAAAAGGUAUAUUCGUUUUCGCUUUCUCCGCAAAAAAAAUAUAUAUUUGCCCGAUUAUCAAAGAAAAAGGGUCGAGGCUUUUUUUUGUUUGGUUUUUGCAAGGUGUUCGCAUAUUCGAUGUAUUUUUGCAUGAAAAAAGUGGGAAGUUUUUUGUUUUUUGUGGAGCUGAAGAUGAAAGACGUUCUCGUUCUUCAGUCUUUGUUUCUCCGCCCGCGACUUUAGCCAAACUUUUUUUAUUUUAUGAGUGGGGGAGGGAAUUUAAAGAAGAGAUAGAAAAAAAGAUCGGAACCAGUUUUUCGUGUGAUAUAAUUUUGCGGCAGAUCUUCGCUUUUUUAUUUAAAAAAAAAAGUUGCUGGUUCUCCUCCCCCCACUUGUCUUUUAUAUUUCCUCCCUCGUGUUUUGAAAGGUUCGUGUCGUCGUCUUCAUUCAUUGAGGGGUUUUUUCCCUCUCAUCCUGUAACCUUAUUAAUUUUCCGAUCGCAGAUCUUUUUUUUUCUCUCGCGUUUUGUGGAGACAAUUUUUUGGUUGUACAUGUGCGUGUGAGGGACAGUUUUUAUUUGUCAAUCGGAAUUCGAAGUGCCAUUUCGGAAUUGGGUUUUGCCUUGAAGUUGCCAUUGUACCGCGUAGUGCCAUUUUUUUGAUUUUGUUCUUCAUCCGGGUCUAACGAUGCUAAUGCUGUUCUCGUUUGUGAUCGUCGAUGCUUCGGAGAAUUCUCUCGAAUGACUGAUGAAGAAAUUCACGCUAAUUUUUCUUCCGUCUUCUCGAGUGAAGAAUUCUCCUGAGGGAUCGGCAUCGCAAAUGAAAGAAACAUAAUUGAGGGUAAAAAAGGAAAAAGAAAGCUAGUGAGACACCUUUUUUUUUAUUUUCACUGAGCUGAAUCGACCGUGGUGCUAUUGCUGUGUAUGCGGGGGGAAGGUUUUAAAGGAUCAACGGAAGCGAGUGCUUUGUUUUUUUGUAUCGCGGAUGUUUCGAGUGGUGUUUUUUUUUUUUUUUUUUUCGUGUGUUGCUGGUGUGGGCCAGCGGUUUUUUUUUCUGUUGUGGAGAAGUUUUUUUUUUUUUAUGGGGGGAAACAAUUCCUUUCGUUUUUUUGUGGGAAAAAGUAUAAGAUUUUCGGAAUUUUGCGCAGGAAACGGAGGCAAAGUUCCGCGCCGAGGGAUCGCCGAUUUUACGCAAAAGCGGGGUCAUCCGUACGCUGACCCGAGGACUGGCAGCAUAGCCUAAAGAAAAAGAGAAAAAAAGACCUGGUGCAAAACGAAGAAGAAGAAGAAAUGAGUAAAAAAAAAGAGGAGCAUUGGAUGGAAUCGGAAAAAAGGACGACGAAGAAAGCAGCAGAAAGAACGAGAUUCCGAGAAGAGACACGGCCGGUGUACUUGUACAUUUCAGCGGCAGAGCGGAUGUGGAUAUGAG